GUCACGCCAGUGGUACGCCAUUUUGUAAGUGUCCGCCGUAGUCAAUUUUCUCGGUAUAGUGAAUAAUAGUUUAUUCGCAUGGUUUUGUGUACGCUUAAAAGAUAAGACACUUUUUAAACCUAAUUUAACGUCUCGUACGUUAAUUUCACAAACCACAAGUAUGGAGGACAAGGCGGCGCUAAAGGAAUUGGAUCAAUGGAUAGAGCAGCUAAACGAAUGCAAGCAAUUGACAGAAAAUCAAGUCAAAACGUUAUGCGACAAGGCAAAAGAGAUUCUGACUAAGGAAUCCAACGUACAGGAGGUGAAAUGCCCCGUGACCGUAUGCGGCGACGUGCACGGGCAGUUCCACGAUCUGAUGGAGCUGUUCCGCAUCGGCGGGCGGUCCCCGGACACCAACUACCUGUUCAUGGGGGACUACGUCGACCGCGGGUACUACAGCGUCGAGACUGUCACAUUGCUGGUUGCACUUAAGGUGCGCUACCGGGAGAGAAUAACGAUCCUGCGCGGCAACCACGAGUCGCGCCAGAUCACGCAGGUGUACGGCUUCUACGACGAGUGCCUGCGCAAGUACGGGAACGCCUCCGUGUGGAAGCACUUCACCGACCUCUUCGACUUUCUGCCGCUCACCGCGCUCGUCGACGGACAGAUCUUCUGCCUUCACGGCGGUCUCAGCCCGUCCAUCGACACCCUGGACCACAUCCGCGCGCUGGACCGCCUGCAGGAGGUGCCGCACGAGGGACCCAUGUGCGACCUGCUGUGGAGCGACCCCGAUGACAGAGGCGGAUGGGGCAUAUCGCCUCGCGGGGCCGGCUACACGUUCGGGCAGGACAUCUCGGAGACGUUCAACCACAGCAACGGCCUGACGCUGGUCUCGCGCGCCCACCAGCUGGUCAUGGAGGGCUACAACUGGUGCCACGACCGGAACGUCGUCACUAUAUUCUCAGCGCCCAACUACUGCUAUAGGUGCGGCAACCAAGCCGCCAUUAUGGAAUUGGAUGAUGCGCUUAAGUACUCAUUCCUUCAGUUCGACCCGGCCCCGCGGCGCGGCGAGCCCCACGUCACACGGCGAACGCCGGAUUACUUCAUGUAGGCUGCACCGGAGGCGCACAUGAAGCAGUCGGGCUCGGGCGGCGGCGGGGCAGGCGGUGUCGGCGGCGGCGG